CACAUUGCAGAAGAAAACGGGAAGACAGCCGUACACGACAGAAGACAUUUUCCUGAUUUCCAAUUGAUUUUACUUGUCCAAAUGUCUUUCUAUAAUCUCCCGGGCUUUUCUUUACGACUAAGUGGUUGUAGGGUGAACACGGCGCGGCACAGAGGGACAGCAUCGCGCGUUCUAUGUUCCGCUUAAGAACCCCAGAAGAAGAAGAACACUGCGAACAGAUCUGCGCGCUCCGACAGGCGGCACUCCAGGACGAUGCCCAGCUCCUGGACGCCAUGCUGUGCCAGGAAAUCUACCGGAAGGUCAUCAACUGCAGGGGGGGCUGGGGUGUGUCGGCCACGCCCCUCCACGCCGCCGCCUCUAAGGGCCACACAGGCUGCGUGCGCGUCCUGCUAGCUCAUGGCGCCCGCGUGGACAGCCUGGACGUCAAAGCCCAGACCCCCCUGUUCACAGCUGCCCGCGGGAAGCACCUCCACUGCCUCUUAGCCCUGCUCCGUGCUAGUGCUGAUCCGAAUGGGAGCAGCCAUAACCUCUCCUCCCCGGUGCUCACGGCUGCACGAGAAGGUGAUGUGGAUGUACUGAGGAUUUUGCUAAAAUACGGCGCUGAAGUGAACGACCGAUCCAAAGUGGUGAUUCUGAGCUCGAUGGUGAAAGUUUCGAGCGGGCCUUUGUAUCUGGCAGCAGUGUACGGGCACAUUGACUGUUUCAAGUUGUUGUUGCUGUACGGAGCCGAUCCGGAUUAUAACUGUAUAGAUGCACUGGUGUUGGGACUGAUGAAGCAGCCUAAGACGGUGCUGGAAAUGUGUUUGCGUCAUGGGUGCGGGGUGGAGUACAUUCAGCUGCUCAUAGACUUCGGAGCCAACGUGUACCUGCCCACACUCAUCAUCGAGAAGUCCACCAAACAGAACGAGGCCGUGGAGCUGCUGCUGAGAGAGAGAGGAACCCCCAAAACCCUGAUGUCACAGUGCAGACUGGCCCUCCGCAGACACCUCCGCAAGAUCAAUAAGAUCCACUGUAUCGACCAGCUGGACCUGCCCACCAGCAUCAUCCAAUAUCUCCAACACAAGCCACCACCAUUCUAUGUGCUAUGAGUCUUACACUGAGAGAGAAGCAAGGAACUCAGAUAUGUACUGUUCAUAUCUGACCCACAAUGAACUGAGAGCGGACAGACAGGUGUAGUAAUUGCACUGAUACACAGAGGUGGGUGAAGUAGCCUAAAGAUGUUCACAGAUAAAAAUAGUUGUCACACCUUAAUCUCAGAAGCUAAACAGGGCAGGGUCUGGUUACUACUUGGAUGGGAGACUGCUGGGAAUAUCAGGAGCCACAGUGGAUGCCUGUUGUGUCAUUAGGCAAGAAGUGUUGGUGGUGAUCCGCAUAUUGGCAGCCUCACUUCCGUCAGUCUACCCCAGGGCAGCUGUGUCUAUAAUAGUAUCUUACCAACAUUUAAUGUGGAGUGAUUGAAUAAUGCGCAAUUUUUUAAGGAACUUUUAAGUGUCUGGAAAAGCACUAUAUAAAACAAAUGCAUUAUUGUUAAUAAAUAAGAAUACAGUUAUUGGUAAAUACUGUAAUAUUACUCAAGUGUAGGUGGAAGAUGUACUGAAAAAUUUAUAAUAGCACAAUUGUUGAGUAUUGUCUAUAAAUAAAACAAUUAGAAAUAACAGCAAAAAGAUUAAAAAGUCAAAUGAGCAGAAAUACCACUUUUUACAUUACACUAGAGGUUUCUGUUCUUUUUUGAUUACAUCUCUGCUCCAUUUUAGUUUUGUGCGAAAUUUGCACAUCACUCAGAAUUUUUACAGGUGCAUUUGAGCACAUUCUGCAUUGUCAUCUGAAUCUCUAUUGAGAUACCGCAAAAAAAUUGCUACUGUACUUCUACUUGAGUAGAGGUGGUACUGACAAAGUCGUUGUCCAAGAAAUUACUCAAGUAAGAGUAAAAAGUAUUUUGGGAAAGAACUAGUCAAAUAAGAGUAACGGAAAGAGUAAUUGUCAGGGCAUUUCAUCUUUAUAAUUUGAUGCUAAUGCCAUUGGAAGGAUAGAACAUUGAAUAAACUAAACAAAGAACAGACAGAAAAAUGCUUUUGUCACUUGUAGACUUACUCAUAGUGGGAAGAGUAACCAAAACUUUAUUCAAAAAAAGAGUACUGAUACUGACGGAUGUAUUACUUAAGUAGGACUAAAAGUAUGGUGUUUGAAAACUAGAAAAGUAAUUUUAUUAAAUAGUACUCAGUUAAAAUUUGAUUACUAUCUCUGCUGAUAUAAUUGCCCCCCAACUAAUCCUUCUAUUGCUGUCAAAUCUGAACUAAAAUGACUAGAUGACUGUUGAGGGCUCCGUAUGUCACAUAAUUGUGAAGCUCAUAGAAAUGAAUGUCAGAUCAUUCAGUUGUUUAUUUUAAUAUAAAUAGUUGACAUGAAAUUUGGCAUGUACUGGAAAAGCUGAGUUGUAUUACAUUGGAAAUUUGUAAAAACAGCAUUCAAAAUGUAAUUCUACAAACUGACCUGCAGGUGGCAGAAGAGUCAAGACCAUGUAAAGGUUAGAAACGAUGGACUCAGUGGACGUAUGGACAUACUGUAAUUUUUUUUUUUCUCUCUCUCUUCUCAUAGUGUAAUAAAUGAGAAUAUCUUAAUUUAAUUUUCUGUAUUAAACAAAAUGAAACAACC